AUGUCACCAUCAAGCUCCCAAGAUUUCCCGCACCUAAACUUCCCUUCCUUUGUUGAAGCACUCAAAUCCGACGGCGACCUCGUCGAGAUCAACGAAGAAUGUGACCCAAAUCUCGAAGUCGGCGCCAUCAUUCGCAAAGUUGUUGAGACAGAUGAACGAGCACCCCUCUUCAACAGGCUCAAGGGUCAAGAUGCAAACGGCUUCUGGCGUAUCCUCGGCGCGCCAAAUUCGCUGCGAUCCGACCCCUCCCAGCGUUUUGGAAGACUGGCGAGACACCUCGGUCUCCCUCCCACGUCGACUAUGAAGGAGAUACUUGACAAGAUGAUUGCCGCCAAGAGUUCGACCCCAAUCCCUCCCGUUGUCUCGGAUACCGGGUCCUGCAAGGAGAUUCGCUUGACUCCAAAGCAAUUUGACCUCACCAAAUUGCCGGCACCGAUGCUGCACCGGUCUGACGGCGGAAAGUACAUCCAGACGUACGGUAUGCAUAUUGUCCAAUCGCCGGACGGGAAGUGGACGAACUGGUCCAUCGCUCGCGCCAUGGUAUACGACAGAAACCACCUCGCGGGGCUCGUUAUCGAACCGCAGCACAUCUGGCAGAUCCAUCAAAGGUGGAAAAAGGAUGGUAGAGAUAUGCCGUGGGCGCUGGUCUUUGGUGUGCCGCCGGCUGCCAUCAUGGCUUCGAGCAUGCCUUUGCCGGGCGGUCUGUCCGAGGCGGAGUAUAUCGGAUCACUGAUUGUGUUUGAGGGCGUUUGCUCUGCUACGGAGACGGCACCCGAGGGUCCAUUCGGAGAGAUGCACGGAUAUGUCUUCCCUGGCGAUGCGCACACCCAGCCGAAGUACAGGGUCGACCUCAUCACACACCGCAAAGACGCCAUUCUUCCGGUCUCAAACUGCGGCCGACUAACUGACGAGACACAGUGGGAAACUGACGCGAACCAGCACACCAUGAUUGGACCCCUAGCCGCCGCCGAGAUCGGCUUUCUCCUCAAGCCAAAGGGUCUGUCCAUCAAGGAGGCUUUUUCCCCCUUCGAAUCGCUGGUGACAUGGGUCGCCCUUCAGGUCGACACCGAGAAGCUUCGCGCCAUGAAGACCAAUGCGAAGGACUUUUGCCGAUCCAUCGGCGACGUGGUCUUCAACGAUAAUGUCGGCUACACGAUCCACCGCCUCGUCAUUGUCGGCGACGACAUCGACGUGUACAACUUUAAGGACAUAAUCUGGGCCUUUUCCACCCGCUGCCGCCCUGACCUGGAUGAAUAUCAUUUUGAGGACGUCCGCGGCUUCCCGUUGAUUCCAUACAUGUCGCACGGCAACGGUGACAUUCGCAUGGGGGGAAAGGUUGUUUCCGAUUGUCUAAUGCCAACCGAGUACACCACCGGCCGUGACUGGGAAGCUGCGAGCUUCCAGGAGUCGUACCCGGUUGAUGUCCAGGAGAAAGUGUUGCAGUGUUGGGAGUCAUUUGGAUUCGCUUCCACAUGA